AUGCAAGGUUUCAACAGGACCACAACGGUGACACAGUUCAUCCUGGUGGGCUUCUCCAGCCUGGGGGAGCUCCAGCUACUGCUUUUUGUCUUCUUCCUGCUGCUGUACUUGAUGAUUCUGUUGGCCAAUGCAACCAUCAUGGCUGUUAUCCACUUCAGCCAUACUCUACACACUCCUAUGUAUGGUUUUCUAUUCAUCCUUUCAUUUUCUGAAUCCUGUUAUACUUUCGUCAUUAUCCCUCAGCUGCUGAUCCACCUGCUGUCAGCCACCAAGACCAUCUCCUUCGUGGCCUGUGCCACACAGCUCUUUUUCUUCCUUGGCUUUGCCUGUACCAACUGCUUCCUCAUUGCUGUGAUGGGAUACGACCGUUUUGUAGCAAUUUGUCACCCCCUGAGGUACACUCUCAUCAUGAGCAAAAGGCUAGGGUUGGGCUUGAUUUCUCUAUCAGGGGCCACAGGUUUCUUCAUUGCUUUGGUGGCCACCAACCUCAUCUGUGACAUGCCUUUUUGUGGCCCCAACAGGGUCAACCACUACUUCUGUGACAUGGCACCUGUUAUCAAAUUAGCCUGCACUGACACACAUGUGAAAGAGCUGGCUCUGUUCAGCCUCAGCAUUCUGGUAAUUAUGGUGCCAUUUCUCUUAAUCCUCAUCUCUUAUGGGUUCAUAGUUAACACCAUCCUGAAGAUUCCCUCAGCUGAGGGAAAGAGGAAGGCCUUUGCUACCUGUGCCUCACACCUCACUGUGGUCUUUGUCCACUACGGCUGUGCAUCCAUCAUCUACCUUCGACCCAAGUCCAAGUCUGCCUCAGACAAAGAUCAGUUGGUGGCAGUGACCUACACAGUGGUUACUCCCCUACUCAAUCCUCUUGUCUACAGUCUGAGGAACCAGGAGGUGAAAACUGCACUGAAAAGAGUAAUGGGAAUAUCUAUAGCUAUCAAAUGGAGAUAA